ACAACAACAACAACAACAACAACAACAACAAGAACAGCUACACCUACACCAAAUAAAACUCAAUCAACAAAAUCAACUAGUUCAAAAAAAUCAAAUCCACCUAGUAGCAAACAUAUCAAUAAUGAUUGGCUUUUGAAUGGUAUAGGACCUUAUCAAUUUUUACAUACACUUGGUAAUGGAAAAUUCAGUAAAGUGAUGUUGGCAAAACAUAAAGAAACUUGUCAGUUAGUAGCUAUCAAGACCAUUGACAAACAAGCUCAUGAUUAUAGAGUCAUGUCAAGAUUAGUACGAGAAAUCCAUCUGAUGGAGUUAUUAGAUCAUCCAAAUAUUGUAAAGUUAUAUGAAACAUAUGAAACAAGUGAUUCUUUAUUCUUGAUCAUGGAAUAUGUAUCUGGAUAUAAUCUUGACGAAUAUCUUCAUCAACGAGGUGGGGUAUUAUCAGAAACAGAAGCAAGAUAUUUAUUUCGACAACUCGUUCAAGCUGUUCAUGCCUGCCAUCGUCAUUGGGUAGUACAUCGUGAUUUAAAAACGCCAAAUAUCAUGAUUUCCAAAGAUCAGCGAAAAAAGAUCAAAGGAGAAGAUGGCACCGAAGUAGAUGUACCGGUUUUGAAGCUAGCUGAUUUUGGUUUAGGCAAUCGUUUUGGAUUACAACGCCUUCGUACCAUUUGUGGUUCCAUGUUAUAUUAUAGUCCAGAGAUUAUAAGCAAUCAGAAAUAUUAUGGACCUGAAGUCGAUUGUUGGUGUCUAGGCAUUGCAUUAUUUCGAAUGACUGCUGGAUUUGAACCAUUUGCUCAUGCUCAUACUGUUGGUGAAUUGAAAAGAGAUGUGUGUAGUUGUAAUUUUCCAAUGCCAGCAUCACUUGGUCCCGAACUACAAAACACCAUUCUUAAAUGUUUACAAGUAGAUCGAAGGAAGAGAAUGACAGUGCGAAAUGCAUUACAUAAUGAUCCUUGGUUAACGAAAAAUGGUGAAUUGCCUUGUCCAUUGGAAACGCCUACUAUUUAUGAUGAAUUGAUCCAUACUCAACAACAAGAAGGAGGUGAAUUGACGGCAAAGGAUAAAGAACGACGGACAAGACGCCAACUCAUGAAAACAUUGGAACAAGAACAACCACAAGUGAAGAGAACCAUUAUAUAUCACCCAAUCAAUGCCUCUACCUAUUUCACAACCGUUAGUCUAGAUCAACCAUCAGCUGGAACAAACAACACUAAAACAUCAUCGACCUUGGAAUUACCUAUCAAUAGUACCACCAACAAUACCUCUUCCACUGUUCAUACACCUGUUCAUCGGUAUGAUCGUCAUAUCACAAAUGUAGAAUCUCAUCGAUCAGAGUUGUUACAAUCUAUUCGUCAAAAGACAGGUCAUCUUGGUUUGCGAUCUACAGAAAAAUGGCAAAAAAUGAUCAUGGUUCGUCCUCAACAAUUUCUUCAACUUAAAUCGAAAACAAAUCCAAUAUCGGAUCAACAAUCUACCAAAUUGUUCUCGUGGAUGAUGCAACGUAUUCAAGAUCAAGUUUAUUACUUUCAGGUGAAUUCUUCCUCUUUUAUAGGAAAAACUUGUUUGGUAAAGCAACCAUCCAAUGGCACUCCAUUAUUUGAAAUUCCAGAAAUUCCGAAAACUGGGAGCAAUACGGAACCUCCACUUCCAUCUUUAACAUUGUCAAGUAUUACUACUACUGGAUCUAUAGAUGAACCUUUGGAUUCACCAUCAUCAUUAUCAUCAUCAUCGGAUAGUAACGGUUAUCACACUAACUAUCAUCAGUUAGACAAAGAAUGUAUGGAAUUACUCAAACAGACAUGUCAGUUAAUGGGUAUCACUUAUUAUCAAGAAGGACCUAAAAAAUUAAUAUGUGUCUUAACUUUACGAGAUGCACCACAUCCACAAGAUCAACAACCACCUCAACAACAAUCUCAACAACAAUCAUUACAAAGGCGAUCAAGUAAACAUUCCACAGCAUCCACUCAAAGAUCAUCAACUUCAACAUCUACCAGUAAUACCACUAGAUCGGAAAACUCUAGAAGAAGUAAUAGUUAUGAAGAAUUGAUUUUAGGUGGCGGUGGUACUUAUCCAUCUUCAACAAGAUUACCCUUGAUUUCUCAUUUGACUUCAUCCAUGACAACCUCCUUUUUUGGUCGAAAUAAGCAGAAACAACAACAACCAUCCAUCAAUGAUCCAUCAGAGAAUGAAAAAAAUGCUCAUAGGAAAAAAGAUGGGGUGGCGGUAUUCUCCAUGACUUGGGAAACAUUACUUUUUUCUCCUACUACUUCAAUGACAUCUAAACAUCGUCCUGUUAUUGCUCUUCGAUUUUCAAAAAUACAAGGUUCAUCUACCGUAUUUAAAAUGGCUGGAGGUUGGAUCACUGGUGUGAUAGGUUUAGAAGGAAAAUUAUCCAAUAAUGAUUGAUCAUUCUUAUUUAAAUAAACUCUUUUUUGAAAUACAUUGUA